UUUCACAAACGACAAGUCCCACAGCGUCGUAGCAGCCUCUCAUUCAUCGGACUGCCGCCGUCGCAGUAAACUCGGAGGCCGUGUUCCGCACGGUCGUUUGACUCAGUCGUCAGUCACUCUCUCCAGAAACAAUCAACUCAAAACCGCGGGAACCCUUUCACUUUCACUGUUAAGCAAAGUCACAGACGCUAAGUACGACGAUUAUUUCAUCCAAGUAAAUUUUUAAUCUUAAACUAAUCAUCUGCCUAAUCAUUUCCCAGCAGCUAAUCCAAUCAAAACUUCAAAUGACUGAGUCAACGGUCCAAAACCCCCUUCAAAGCUUCCAUCUUUCUCUCUGUUCAUACAAUUCCUGUACAAUUCCGAUCCCAAACCAAAAACCCAGUUCAUAAAAUUGGUUUCUGCGACUUGGGUUUUCGAUUUCGGAUCGACCCAGAUGAGCUUUCGAAUCGGGUUAGGGUUCUUGGUGCUGGUUUCCCUCUGUUUUACGGUGAAAUCCCAGUGCGGCAAGAGCUGCGACGCUCUAGCUUCUUACUACGUAUGGCAGGACUCUAAUCUCACUUUCAUCGGCGAAGUCAUGAGUACGACCGCCGUCAUUAUCGCCAACUACAACAAGGACAAGGUUCUCAACGAAAACAGCGUCAUUUCCGGCAUCAGGGUCAAUGUUCCAUUCACCUGCGGCUGCAUCAAUGGCGACUUCCAAGGCCAUAUGUUCCAGUACGUCCAUCAAGGCGACACGUACGACCUGAUUGCGAAGAAAUACUAUUCUAAUUUGACGACGGUGGAGGACCUGGAGUGGUUCAAUAGCUAUGAUCCUAAUAAUAUACCCGUUAAUGGUACAGUGAAUGCUACUGUGAAUUGUACGUGUGGGGAUAGCGCGAUUUCGAAGAAUUAUGGUUUGUUUAUUACUUAUCCUCUGCGUCCGGAGGACAGUUUGGCAUCGAUUGCGCAGACGGAGCAGCUGGAUCCGACUUUGCUGCAGAGCUAUAAUCGUGGUGUGAAUUUUAGCCAGGGGAGCGGUUUCGUGUAUAUUCCGGGCAAAGAUCAAAAUGGAAACUAUUUGUCUUUGACGUCAAGUUCAGGACUGAAAGUUGGAGCCAUUGCUGGCAUAUCUGUGGGAGUAAUUGCUGGAGUGCUGCUAUUGGCUGGUGGUGUAUAUUUUGGUUUUUUCCGAAAGAACAAGGUGGAUACGAAAUUGCUCCUAGCAAGAUCUGAAGAUCAAUCUCAAAAUGGGCGUUCUCUUGGGAUUACCCCUGAUAAACCUGAAGAGUCAAAUGCUGCUGGUCGAGGCCUAACAGGCAUUUCUGUAGACAAAUCAGUGGAGUUCUCAUAUGAAGAACUUGCAAGGGCUACUGAUAACUUCAGCCUGGCUAAUAAGAUUGGACAAGGAGGUUUUGGGGCUGUUUACUAUGCAGAAUUGAGAGGCGAGAAAGCUGCAAUCAAGAAGAUGGAUAUGCAAGCAUCAAAAGAAUUUUUGGCCGAGUUAAAUGUUUUGACACGUGUCCAUCACUUGAAUCUGGUGCGCUUAAUUGGUUAUUGUGUUGAAGGCUCUCUUUUCCUAGUCUAUGAAUACAUUGAGAAUGGAAACUUAAGCCAACAUCUGCGCGGUUCAGGGAGGGACCCGCUACCGUGGUCUAAUAGAGUGCAGAUUGCCCUAGAUUCAGCAAGAGGUCUUGAAUACAUUCAUGAACAUACUGUUCCUGUUUAUAUCCACCGCGAUAUCAAAUCAGCCAAUAUAUUGAUAGACAAGAAUUUCCAUGCCAAGGUUGCAGAUUUUGGGUUAACUAAACUGACUGAAGUUGGAAGUACAUCACUCCCCACACGUCUUGUGGGAACAUUUGGAUAUAUGCCGCCGGAAUAUGCUCAAUACGGUGAAGUUUCUCCCAAAGUAGAUGUUUAUGCUUUCGGAGUUGUCAUUUAUGAAUUGAUCUCUGCCAAAGAAGCUGUUGUAAAAGCGGAUGGCUCUAGUUCCGAAUCAAGAGGCCUUGUUGGUUUGUUUGAGGAGGUCCUCAAUCAGCCCGAUGCCGAAGACCUUCGAAAAUUGGUUGACCCUAACCUUGGAGACAACUAUCCACUUGAUUCAGUGCGCAAGAUGGCCCAACUCGCCAAAGCGUGCACGCACGAAAACAAAGAUCUCCGUCCAAGUAUGCGAUCGAUCGUGGUGGCGUUGAUGACGCUUUCAUCCUCAACUGAGGAUUGGGAUGUCGGAUCUUUCUAUGAAAAUCAAGCUCUUGUCAAUCUGAUGUCCGGAAGGUAGAAUCAGGCGAGUGCAAAAUGUGCAACGUUACAUGUGCUUAGGAAGUUUCUUUUGUUGUGAUCAUACCGAACAUGAAGACAUUAAAGACAUUGUACAAGUCGUAUAAUUGAGCAUUGUGGGAGUCCUGUAAAUUGUGUGUGCAUAUAUAAAUAUCAAUUAGUGUAUCAAAUGAGGUGAGAGCGUAUUGCUUUCUAUCUAUGUAUCUUGGGUUCUAGUGGAUAGCAUAUUGGGUUUCCAUGCA